CCCAGCCGUGCUGAACUUACUGCCCGUCCCACACACCUGGCAGCACCACCAGCAUGGAGGCUAGAGGGAAGGGGGCCGGCAGCCCCAAGCCCGACACCAAGGCGCCCCAGGCCACUGCUGAGGCCAAGGCUGCCCCGGCCGGUGACAGCAAGGCCACUUCCAGCAAGCCCAUUAAGAAGGAGGGGCAGGUCGAGAAGCAGGGGCCGCCCACCCCUGCCUCAGCGGCCACCACCAAGAAAGCCCCAGCCAAGGCCGACCCUGCUCUUCUGAACAACCACAGCAACCUGAAGCCUACCCCUGUGGCCCCUGGCAGCCCCGAGCCAGCCCCAGAGCCCAAGGGCCCUGCAGAUGGGGCCGAAGAAGAGCCAGCGGCCAGCGCCUCGGGGGGCCGGGCCUGGGCCUUGGAGAACUUGACUCCCCUGCUGGUGGCGGGGGGUGUGGCUGUGGCAGCCGUGGCCCUGACCCUGGGAGUGGCUUUUCUGGCCCGGAAGAAAUGAUGCCACUUUCUGUACAGAGCUGGAGCGUAAUGCAUGCAGAGCUGACCGCCACACGCACACACGCGUGCGUGCGCACACGCCCCAGCACGCCCCUCCCAGGCUGCAGGGAGCCCAGUGUGUGUCCAGCCUGGGCACUGGAGGUGGGCUGGCCUGGUCAGGGCCCAGGACAUUAAAGGGUGUGGCUGUCCCAGUGGUCCCGCUCCUGCUCUGUCUCCAGCAAGCCCGCCCCGCAGCGCACACCCCUCGCUCCUGCUCCCCGCCUGCUUCUUGCCCCUUGUCUCACAAGCGUAUACAUGCAAUAAUUCUGGUAGCGUAGGAUCGCUUGGCUGGCAACCGGCACCCAUGCCCACAGCCCCUUCCAGCCUGCAGGGGGACCUUGCCCAGCCCCUAGGCACACGUGGUCCCAGCCUGGGCCUGGAUGCUGAGGGAGGGGCUGUCCACACCUGUCUGGUGCCCAUGGAAACGUGCCCAAGGGGA